AUGUUAGAUGUUGAAGUAGAUUUAAUAUCAUUAAAGUUAACAUUUGAUUUCGAACCAUAUGUCACUGAUAAAAAUGAGAUUCUAGAUGAUGACACUAAAGAUAAUUCAGAAGUAUGUAGAUUCUUUCUUAAAGGUAAUUGCACGAAAGGAAACGAUUGCCCAUAUAAACACUCGAAAACAGAGCAUGCCGUCGUUUGUAAACAUUGGCUGAGAGGUCUCUGCAAGAAAGGUGAACUAUGUGAGUUCCUUCAUGAAUACGACUUGGCAAAGAUGCCUGAAUGUUAUUUCUUUUCAAAGUUUGGUGAAUGUAGUAAUCAAGAAUGUAUGUAUUUACAUUUGAAUCCAGAGGAGAAAGUGAUAGAGUGUCCGUGGUAUGCAAGAGGAUUCUGUAAACACGGUCCGAAAUGCAGACACAAACACGUCAAGAAGCUGCUGUGUGAGAAUUUCUAUUUGGGAUUCUGUCCGGAGGGACCUCGAUGCAAAUACGGUCAUCCCAAGUUUGAAUUGCCCAAAGAGGAGACAGAGUCGCGUCAACAAGACAUCGAGAAACAACAGCAAUCACAAUUGCAAUCACAACAUCACAACCAACAGAUUAUCAAUCAAAUCAAACAACAUCAUCCCAAUGGUGGUGGUGGUGGUGGCGGUCCACCUUCUAUGGAAGGUCAACAACAACAACAACAACAACAACUAUAUCCACAACGUGGUGGCGGUGGCGGUGACAAAUUUAUGCGAGACGGUCGUAAACCUAAAGGUGGCAUACCGAUCUGCCAUAACUGCGGUCAGACCGGUCAUAAAUCGAAUCAAUGCUCGAACCCACCUAACCCUGAGGCUGCCUUUGAGCGUCAGCAAGGCGGUGGAAGCAACCAAGGUGGCGGUGCAGGAUUCAACAAGCCAACCGUCGAUCUCGGAACAAUCACAUGUUUCAAAUGUUUCCAAACAGGUCAUUAUGCAAACAAAUGUCAAAAUAAAAAGGUUGAACCACCACCCGGAUUCAAUCCACCUCCACAGCAACAGCAACAGCAACAGCAACAACAACAGCACAAUCAAUUUCAACCACCAAAUCAACAACAGUACAACCAACAGCAACAACAACAACAACAGUACCAGCAACAACCUUUCUAUUAG